UCUCUGAAAUCAAUAAAAAUAUAUUUAAAAAAAUAACUCAUCCAGGCACUGAUCGACCUCCAGGGUAUUGACACUCCUUUGACAGAAGUUGCCUCACCAUGAGUAGAGCUGGCCCUAAAUCUGCCCUUGCUGAGUCUCUGGAGGAGGGAGACAGCAGUGGGUCUGUCGCCCAGGUCAUUCAGAUUCUAGGAGACAAGUUUCCAUGUACUUUGGUGGCAAAGAAAAUUGACCUGCCGGAGUACCAGGGAGAGCCUGACGAGAUUUCCAUACAGAAGUGUCAGGAGGCAGCUCGCCAGGUGCAGGGACCUGUACUGGUGGAGGAUACCUGUCUGUGCUUCAAUGCCCUUGGGGGCCUCCCUGGCCCCUACAUAAAGUGGUUUCUGGAGAAAUUAAAGCCUGAAGGUCUCCACCAGCUCCUGGCCGGGUUCGAGGACAAGUCGGCCUAUGCUCUCUGUACAUUCGCAUUCAGCACUGGCAACGCAAGUGAGCCUGUGCGCCUCUUCAGGGGCCGGACCUCGGGCCGGAUUGUGGUACCUCGAGGCUGCCGGGACUUCGGCUGGGACCCCUGCUUUCAACCUGAUGGAUACGAGCAAACGUUCGCAGAGAUGUCCAAAGCUGAGAAGAAUGCCAUCUCCCAUCGCUUCCGGGCCCUGCGUGAGCUGCAGGAAUAUUUUGGCGGCCUGAUUUCUAAGAAUGAUGAUGAGCAUGCUCAACGGGGAUCUGGGGAGGGCUAGCCUGAAACCUCCAUCAGGCAGGCACCCCCCAAGUAUGUCCUUUAGGGUUACCACUUCCUGGGGGUGUUGAGAUUGACAGCCCCACCAGACCAGCCUCACCAGUCUGGAGGAGCAGAUGGCUCUGUUUGGAGGAGCUUUGGGCAAGGGACACCAUUGGUCUCUGCUACAGCCUCCAGGACCCAAAAGGACCUCAGGCAUUACAUGGGCCUUGGCAGAAUUGAGGGUUUGGGGGAGAAAUUCUCAGUGUGUUUUAAAUGCGGCAAGGAAAAAUUCUGGAAGGCACUCCAAAAUAAACUGGAUGUAUCUGCUUUGAAAUCUG